CGAACCAUCGAACGACUCGACUCGAACCCACCAGGCGGCAAGCCCUCUUCCCCCACCUGGAAGGGAAAGAAAGCACCAAAUCGAGAAAGGCGAAUCGAAUUCGCCAUGGCCACUCCGCGCGCGCCGCUCUUCCCCCAGCUGCUGCUCCUCGUCGCCGCGGCGCUCCUCGCGGCCGCUUCCCUCCGGAGGGCGGCAGGGGCCGGCGAGUUCGACGUCCGCCGCCACCUCUCCACCGUCACCAGGUAUGAUGUGGCCAGAGGCUCCAAUAGUGUCAAUUCUAUGCCGACAAUCCCAGAUGGGUGCCGUGUGAUCCACCUCAAUCUAGUGGCAAGACAUGGGACUCGUGCUCCUACCAAGAAGCGAAUCAAGGAGCUUGAUAGAUUGUCAAUCAGGCUGGAAGCUCUUAUAAAUGAGGCAAAACAAGGUCUCAAGAGUGAUUCUCUCAAGAAAAUUCCAUCCUGGAUAAAGGGCUGGGAGUCGCGUUGGAAGGGUAGGACUAAAGGUGGUGAGCUGACUAGUGAAGGAGAAGAAGAGCUUUACAACUUAGCGACCAGAGUGAAGGAGAGGUUUCAAGACCUUUUUGAUGACGAAUAUCACCCAGAUGUAUAUUCAAUAAGAGCAACUCAGGUUUCUCGAGCAUCAGCUAGUGCGGUAGCAUUUGGUUUGGGACUGCUUUCUGGGAAAGGAAAGCUUGGACCAGGGAACAACCGUGCCUUUUCUGUUCUGAGCGAGAGUCGUGCAAGUGAUAUUUGUCUGAGAUUCUUUGACAGCUGUGAGACAUACAAGGCAUACAGGAAAAGGAAGGAGCCUGAUGUCAAGAAGCAAAAGGAGCCGGUUCUAGAGCAUGUCACAGCUGCACUUGUCAAUCGUUAUCACCUCAAUUUUACAACUCAGGAUGUCUCCUCUCUCUGGUUUCUUUGCAAGCAGGAAGCAUCUUUAUUGAAUAUAACCAAUCAAGCUUGUGGGCUUUUUAAUGAAGCUGAGGUUUAUUUUCUAGAGUGGACAGAUGAUUUGGAGGGUUUUGUUCUAAAAGGCUAUGGUGAGUCAAUUAACUACCGGAUGGGACUGCCAUUGCUCAAGGAUGUUGUCCAGUCAAUGGAAGAAGCAAUCAUAGCUAAAGAAGAACACCACCCUGAUGGUACGUAUGAAAAGGCAAGGCUCCGAUUUGCACACGCAGAAACUGUUGUUCCUUUCAGCUGCCUUCUUGGUCUUUUUCUUGAAGGCUCAGAUUUUGAGAAGAUACAGCGGGAGGAAGCAUUGGAUCUGCCACCUAUGCCACCACAGGGAAGAAACUGGAAGGGCAGUGUUGUAGCCCCCUUUGCUGGUAACAAUAUGCUGGUUUUGUACCAGUGCCCAGGCAAAACAUCGGAUGGCAGCACUUUUGGGAGUCAAAAUAACUCAUAUGUCAUUCAAGUUCUACACAACGAAAUCCCAGUUUUGAUGCCGGGUUGCGGUAACAAAGAUUUCUGCCCAUUUGAGGAGUUCAAGGAGAAGAUAGUGAAACCGCACCUGAAGCAUGACUAUGACAUGAUAUGCAAGAUCAAGCCGCCCGUGGCAGGAGAGGAGCCCGCCACGUUCAGCUCCAAGGUGUCCGGUUUCUUCACAGGAUUGCUCUCGCAGAAGGGAUACAGGGUCGCUAGCGCUGAGAGCGUCAAGACAGAGUUGUAGGCCAUACUAGCAGCCAGUGUCUGCUGCCUUUUCACCAUGUGCCGCAGGCCUUCGUCUGCGUGCGACCACGAGCAAGGAACCCUAUUGACCGAUGCACUAACCUGCGGUGUUUUUGUACGGGCGAGUCGAACGUGUACGAGGUCUCUGUUGUCCAAGUUCUUCAGGGAAAGAUGCAUGUCCUCUGAUAAUGUAAAAUUCUGUUUUCAAUUUGGACUAUUCUUCGUGGUGAAACGGCAUGCACGUCCUUGUUGAGGUCAAGCCACGAGUACGCUGUCGCAGUCAUGUAGCUUCCAUGUAAUGAAGACGUGGACUGUACCGUGCCAUUUACUCUGUUCUUAUCUGUACGGAAGGUCUGCAACAGGACAAGGCUUUACUACA